AUUAGCCCAGCAUGGUGGCGUGCACCUGUAGUCCCAGCUACUCAGAAGGUUGAAGGAGGAGGAUCACUUGAGCCCAGGAGCUUUAGGCUGCAACAAGCUAUGAUGGCACCAAAGCCCUGCAGCCUGGACGACAGAGCACAACCGUUUCUCAAAAAUGAAAUGAAAAUGGUGAUUUCUCAGGAGGAGCACAGUCUCAACUCCUCUUUUCUCGCUCAAGGAGGAGGCCCUGGAGCCUGCGACAUGGAGGGAGCCGCUUUGCUGAGACUCUUUGUCCUCUGCAUCUGGACAAGCGGACUUUUCCUUGCUGUGGGAGUGAGGGCAGAGGAAGCUGCAGUGAGGUCUCCAAACGCAGGUGAGACCGGACCUUAGCCUUGCCCAGAGAGCAGCAUUUCUCUUGAGGAUUACCUUAAUUAUUUCCAGAAAAACAUGAGCCCACAGGAGCUGCUACUCCUGCUGAGUGACCAUAAAGCCUGGGAGAGAGUGGUGGCUACUGCUGAACUGCCCAGGGAUGAGGCAGAUGAGCUCUAUAAAGCUCUGAACAAGCUUAUAAGACACAUGGUCAUGAAAGACAAAAACUGGCUCGAAGAAGUCCAGCAGCACAGAAAGCGGUUUUUGGAAGAGUUUCCUCGGUUGGAAAGGGAGCUUCAGGAUAAAAUAAGAAGGCUCUGCGACCUUGCAGGUGAGGUUCAGAAGGUCCACAAAGGCGCCACCACCGCCAAUACGUUCUCCAGCACUCUCGGCGUUGCCUCUGGCGUCCUGACCUUCCUCGGCAUGGGUCUGGCACCCUUCACAGCGGGGAGCAGCCUUGUGCUCCUGGAACCUGUGGCAGGGUUGGGAAUCGCAGCCGCCUCGACCGGGAUUACCAGCGGUAGCGUGGAAUACGCAAAGAAGCGGUCGGCACAAGCCGAAGCCCGUGAACUGGUCAACAAAAGCCUUGACAGGGUGGAGGAGAUGAACGAGUUUCUGUAUCACAACAUACCCAACUUUAUUUCCUUACGUGUCAAUCUUGUCAAAUUCACAGAAGACACUGGGAAGGCCAUCCGUGCCAUCAGGCAAGCCAGAGCCAACCCUCACUCAGUACCACAUGUCCCAGCCUCACUCCACCGGGUCACUGAGCCAGUCUCAGCUAUAAGCGUUGAAGAGACGGCGAGAGUUGGAGAGAUGGAGAGAGUUGGAGAGAUGGAGAGAGUUGCUGAAUCCCGCACCACGGAGGUGAUCAGAGGAGCCAAGAUCGUUGAUAAGGUCUUUGAAGGUGCCCUUUUCGUGCUGGAUGUAGUCAGCCUCGUGUGCCAGUUAAAGCACUUACAUGAGGGGGCAAAGUCAAAGACAGCUGAGGAGCUGAAGAAGGUGGCUCAGGAGUUGGAGAAGAAGCUAAACAUUCUCAACAAGAAGUAUGAGACUCUGCGCCAAGAACCGUGACCACAGGGCAGGGCAACCACCAGGGGAGAGAUGCCUGGGACGGGCCAAGACAAAAUGCAAACCUUUUUUUUUUUUGAGACAUAGUCUUGC